UCUAUGGCUUUGGAGGUUGUCAGGCCAGGCUGAUCUUGAACUCACAGAGAUUGCCUGCCUCUGCCUCCCAAAUGUUGCGGUUACAGCAUUUACACCACACCUUUGGCUUUAAAUAAUUCAAGUAGUAGUUCUAUAAUAGGAGUAGCAUUUCUGUGAAUGGUGACAGUUUUUAUAAAAGGGGAUGAGUGAGAAGGACAGCAUUGGUUACAUUUUUGGAGAUUUCUAUUAGUCUGUUUUACAGAGGACAUGUGGGUUUAAGCUUCUGAGUUAAUUGUGUGUGGCUUGUAUGUUGGGUAUACAGCAUAUAGGUAGGCUGAAGGAAGAGGAGGAGAAAUAUGAUUCAGAUUAUGGAGAAUAGUUUUUCUACACAAGCAACUGUGAUUGGUAUCAGUUUUGUAACUGUUCACAAUGAACUGUGUCAAAAACUAUCCAUGUCCUGUCCAUCCUGGGCUUGGAAUGAAUUGUAUCUACUUGCGAUUCUGUCACAUGUCUGGCUCAGUUAAGAUAUGUUGGUUCUCUGAUGACUUACACAUUUUAGUUCUAAAUGCUUUGACGCACUUCAUAUUUGAUACCAAAACCUCAUACCUUGGUGUCUCGAUUUGUGGAUGGCGUCAUUGGGAACCUGAGCAGCCUCGUGAAUUUUGCAAAGUUUGACAAUGGCCAAGAACAAAUUUAAAGGACAGAAGUCCAGUAAUGUGUUUCACAUAGCCAGCCAAAAAACCUUCAAGGUUAAAAACAAAGCAAAACCAGUUACUACUAAUCUUAAGAAGAUAAACAUUAUGAAUGAUGAAAAAGUCAACAGAAUGAACACAGCUUUUAUAAAUAUACAGAAAGAACUUGCAAAUUUUUCAAAAAGUCUUUCUAUCAAAUCUAUGCAGAAAGAGCUGCAGCACCACGAAAAUGAACCAGCUAAUGUUGAUGAAGCUACAAGACUAAUGGCUCAGUUAUAAUACAGUGACAGUAUAUCAUACUCCCCCAAAGAUCAAUAAAUUGAAUGUUUUAUACAA